AUGUCUAUUGCUGAUAUCGGGAAAAGAUUCACCUACAAGACUCAAUUCGAGCAAGAACUCGAAGAGGCAUCGUCCGAGUUUCAGAGACUCCAGCCAUCGCUCAACUCGCUGGCCCCAAGCAUCGCCGUUCCUCCUAUCUCACAGCCAACAGACUUCCUUAGAGCACACACAGAUUAUGACUCCAACUCCGAUUGUAAAAUAAGAAUGGCACACGGUACCACCACCUUGGCGUUUAGAUUCCAGGGUGGUAUCAUUGUGGCUGUCGAUUCGAGAGCUUCUGCCGGAAAUUGGAUCGCCUCCCAAACCGUCAAGAAGGUCAUUGAGAUCAAUCCAAUGUUGUUGGGAACCAUGGCCGGUACCGCGUGUGACUGUCAAUACUGGGAGACCUGGUUGGGUACCCAGUGCAGAUUGCACGAGCUCAGAAACAAAGAGAGAAUCUCGGUUUGUGCUGCUUCCAAGAUUUUGAGUAAUCUCGUUUACAGUUACAAAGGAAUGGGAUUGGGAAUGGGAACGAUGAUUUGUGGUUACACUCCAAAAGAAGGUCCUACCAUAUAUUAUGUCGAUUCCGAUGGAACAAGAUUGAAAGGCGACCUGUUCUGUGUUGGCUCUGGUCAGACUUUCGCUUACGGUGUUCUUGAUACUAAUUACAAAUGGGAACUGUCUGUGGACGACGCUCUUUACCUGGGUAAGAGGGCCAUUCUCGCAGCUGCACACAGAGACGCUUACUCUGGUGGUUCGAUCAAUUUAUUCCACGUGACUGAACAAGGAUGGGUGUUCCACGGAAACCACGAUGUUGGUGCCCUGUUCUGGGAAAUCAAGGAGAAAGAAAAGUCGUUCAACAACGUUGAAGCAUGA